AUCCCGCCGCGCCUCGUGCCUCCAUCGCACAGCCACUGUCCCGCCGCGCCUCGUGUCUCCAUCGCGCAGCCACUGUCCCGCCGCGCCAGCUCUGUUCCACCGCGCUCCAGUCCUUCAGCGGCGUCAACUCUGUUCCAUCGCUCAGCCCUUCCCUCGAAGAUAUGCCAUGCGUGUGUUAUGCAUUGAUAUGGAUGAUGGGACAUGGAUGUGGGACAGUAAGAAAUCGGACCAUCCGAAUUCUGUGAAAAAAAAAUUUGGUUACUCUCUGUUUCUCCACUUCAGAUUGGAUACUCUCUGUUUCUGUUCCUGUUCGAUACUUACUUUUUUCCCGGUUGAAAAAAAAAAAACCUAAGAGCAGAAUGCUAUGAAUCUCCCUUCUCUCACUUACUUCCCUCAGAAACUUGUUCCUCCUCUCUGCUCUGCUCUUACCAACUCCACCAGAAGCAGUGGUACUGCUGAUAAUAUUGCUAUUGAAGGUUGCAAUUUGAAGUUCUCAUUCACAGCAACGAGGCAAGCAAAGGUCGUGCCUGUGCUUAGGGAUUGUUCGUUGCGCAUUCCUUCUGGGCAGUUUUGGAUGCUUCUUGGACCAAAUGGGUGUGGAAAAUCUACCCUCUUAAAGAUUUUGGCUGGUCUAUUGAAUCCAACUUCAGGAAUAGUGCAUGUGAAUGAACCUAAGAGUUUUGUUUUUCAAAAUCCUGACCAUCAGGUGGUGAUGCCAACUGUAGACGCCGAUGUUGCAUUUGGUCUUGGUAAGUUCAGCUUGACUAAUGAUGAAGUAAGGUCUAGGGUGUCGAGAGCCUUGCAUGCUGUAGGCCUCUCUGACUACGAGAAGAGAUCUGUCCAAACUCUGAGUGGUGGUCAGAAGCAGAGGGUUGCAAUUGCCGGUGCUUUAGCAGAAGCUUGUAAAGUUCUCUUGUUGGAUGAGCUCACAACAUUCUUAGAUGAAACUGACCAGGUCGGGGUUAUCAAGGCUGUUAGAAACUCUUUGGAUACAUCUGCAGAAGUUACAGCAUUAUGGGUGACCCAUCGUUUGGAAGAACUAGAAUAUGCAGAUGGUGCCAUAUACAUGGAGGAUGGGAAAGUUGUCAAAUAUGGAGAUGCAGCUAGCAUUAGGAGUUUCAUUGAAGCCAAGCAAUCUGAAUAUCUUUCAAAUGCAUAUUAGGUAACAGGUAAGAAAGGGCAAGAAAUUUCGGUUCAAGGUGGAGUAAUUGAUGAUUUGGCAAAGCAUUUGAUUGAACAAUAUGGAGUUACAAAAAGAUACAUUGAACUUCUUGGUAAAACCAAGAAAUGAACAAAACAUAAAAAGUGGUUGUUUGUAACACCCAUUUAAUGCUCUGCUUGGGUGUGAGAGUUGUCAGUUGUAUGAACUAAAAACAUGAAGUGCUUAAAUGAUCAAUUUUAAAUACUCUUCCAAGUUCCAACA